AUGUCUGGAGAAGAAAACAAAGACUCGCAGAGUGAAAGUAAACCGAACGAAAGUACACUACCCGAAAGUAAAGCUAGCGAAAGUAAACCGAACGGAAGUAAACCAAAUGUAACUAAGGAUGAUGCAUUUGGAUAUCUUAGAGCUAUGAAAGAUAAAUUUCAUGACGAUCGUAAAAAAUAUAACGAUUUUCUUGUAAUUAUGAAUAAUUUUAAAGCUCGUAUAAUUGAUAGGAAUCGUUGCAUAAAAGAGGUGAAAAAAUUAUUUAAAGGACACCAAGACUUGAUUUCUGGUUUCAAUGUUUUCUUGCCAAAUUAUUUGGAGCUCCAUGAUUGGGACAAUGUAGAGGUUAAAAUCAACAAUUAA